CCGGGUCCAGACCUCCACCAGGGGUAGUACCCCAAAGGGGAUACCCGACACCGUCGACCAUAGGGAUGACAAGGACAAGAUCCACAGGGCAAGACGGGCUGUUACCAGGCCUCCCGAGGCAAACCAGAGUACAACAACCCAAUCGAGCAUUGUCCUUCGGAUCAAAGGAGGGAAUGGAUCCAGUGGCGUGCUAGGGAGAACAAAGCACAGGCCAUAUUGAAGGGAUCGGUGUCCAUGGCCAUCCAGUUGGACAUUGAGGAUCUGUAUUCGGCACAUGAUAUGUGGAUAUACUGUAGACUUGGACAGGGCUGCAACCUUUACUGAGACCUUCCUAGCGGAGUCAUUUCGUCCAGUCAUCUCCGAGAUCAACCAGCGACUUUCGGAGGAUCGAUCAUGGGCUUGGGUAUUGUCCAAGUAUAAUGCCAAAAGUGCAAGACGAAGGGCUAGACCGGUCCAUCGAGAUCGACGAGGAGGUUAUGCUUUGAUGACGCAAAGUGUACCUGGUGACAACCCCAAGACGAAGAAUGAUCGAUCAAAGUAUAGUAAAGGUCGAGAAGCGAACUCGAAGGGGAUGCAGGCACCGAAAGGGAAGCGGAGUGGCUCUGACAUCUUGAAGGCUCGAUGCUAUAACACAUCGCUUAAUGAUAUUGAGGAUGCUUGGGCCAUGAUCACCAUUGCGGAGGAUCCAGCAUUACAUUGGGCCGACCUGUCCAAUGACGAGCCGAUGGACUGGCCCGAUGAGGUGAUACCAUGGACUGGUGAUGACGACCUGGAGCAUAAUCCCAUCUUACACCACACCGAGCCCUUCUUAAGAAUGUCAGGAAGCUGGCAGCUCCGAUCGAGUUUGGCCUAGCCAACAGAAGAGGAUCAAUGCGGGCCUGUGAGGUCGGUGACAUUGAAGUAAGGAUGAAUAGAGGACGAAAGAUAGUAAUGCGAGAGGUAUACCAUAUACGAAGACUGGAUCACUGUGGACCACGACUUUGGGAAGGAUGUCACCUUCGAUCGUCAUUACAUCACCAUACGCUAUGGCCACGGUUGGUGUAUCACCCAUUGGGAAAAGAAGGGAAGCUUCGAUAUGACAUAAAGGACCUAGAGAAGGACGGCUUUAAGAU